AGUCAGCCGGUUUCCAAUCGCUUCCAGUUAUUUUCCUAGCAACGAAUCGCCGCUCCAAUUUGUUUAUUUUCUAGCAAUUUCGGUUUAGUCUUCGGUGUUCCGUGAAACGAAUCAACUUUUUCCAAAAAAUAGCUCCCAUAAUGGAAGGUCUUCCCAAGCUUCCGGGAUACGAUUUUGCGAACCGAUUACGUCAAAAUCACCACGUGCCACAGUGCUUCAAGUACCGGAAUGGCUAUCCCAUUCCGGAGAAACCCAUUUGUGGUCUCGGAGGGGAGCAAUUGAACGAAGAUUCCAUCUACUACUGUACCGAUGAGAACGAUUCCGUGCUGUACGAUCCGAUUCUGACGUACGGUCGGGUUCAGAAACUUCCGGUGAAACCCUACCGACCUCAUUUCGUACUCUACGAUCAGAAGACACUGAAGUUCAAUGCCUUUUUCCGACAAGCCGUUCCCGAGUCACCGAAGGAAACAUUCCGCAUUCGAUACGUGAACAUCCUGUAUUUCCUGGAGGACGACACGAUGACGGUGCUGGAACCGGUCAUCGAAAACUGCGGAUUCCCACAGGGACGGUUGGUUCGGCGAGGAAAAAUUAUGAAAAAUUGUCUCGGAGAUACGUACAGCUGGAAGGAUUUGAACAUCGGAAUCGAUUUGGAAAUCCAUGGUUACGUGUUUCACAUAACGGACUGUGAUCCGUUCACCAAGGAAUUUCUGCUCAGCAAUGGCAUCGAACUGAACGAGAUGGAAUUCGCCCCGCCGGAUCCAGCAAUGAAUGAGCGUUCGAUCAGCGCCCGACAGAGCUUCAAGCACCACAAGAUGUACUCGGUGACGGAAGAUAAGCUCAGGAAGUACCUUGAAUAUCAAGGAAAAGUGCUACAUUUUGAUUGUCUUUUGGACGAACUGGACCGGCCAGGCGGGGAACGAAUGACCUAUAAACUGUUCUAUUACUUGGAAGAUGAUACCGUGUCUAUUAAAGAGCUGAAGGAGAAUCAGGAGGGACGAGAUUAUUUCCCGAUGUUACUACGAAGGCAAAAACUACCGAAAAAUUGGAAGGAGAAGCCUGUGACGUACCCCGCCAUCUACAUGGAACUCUCGGAUGUGGAAGUGUCCCAGUAUUACUCCCCCGAUGACCUACUGGUGGGGGAAACUAUUUUCGUGUACGGGCGCAAAUUUCUCCUUCUGAAUUGCGAUCGGUUCACGCGAAACUACUACGAGAGGGUCCUCAAGAUCAUUCAACCGGACAAGGUUUGUCUGGACAAACCACACUCGCACAUCCCCCGGGCCGAACUGCCUAACUAUCUGGGUUUGGGAACACCGGAAGACUCACUGGCCUCCUAUCAUAGUUUAAUGCCCAAAAGUCCCCGGAAAGAUGUGGUUACCUACUUGAUCAACAUGAACAAAUUCCUUCGUUAUGGCUGUGUGCUCGAUACAGCUCACCCGGAGGACAAAAUACGUCGUUUUGUACUUAGUUUUUCACUGGCAGAUGGAACCGUUUCGAUCAUGGAAUCGAAAAUUCGUAACUCAGGCAUUCAGGGAGGACGAUUUCUGGCGUCUACCAAGGUGUGGAAACCAAACUGCGACCCCAAUGAACCAGAAUACUACACGGCCAAGGAUUUCUUCAUCGGAACAACGAUUAUCAUCCAUUCCCACCGGUUUCAAAUAGUCAGUGCCGAUUUGUACGUUUAUCGGUACAUGCAAGCCCACCCGGAGAUGUUUUCAAUGGAUGCUAUUCAGGCAGUCCAGAACUAUCUCUUGCAGGAAGGUCAUUUGAAAGAUGAUCUUCGAAAGGCAAUCGAGGAAGACUGUAAGCAGUAUGGUUCCGCAAAGCAAACAGAAAAGGAUACACACGGAAUUGGGGAGGUUGAUAAACGAUUAACUGAACUUAGUUCUGACAAUGAUGUUGCGCGAAAGGAACAGUUCAGCCUGACACAACCCGGUAGUCACGACUGUCCAUCACCGAUCAUUCCAGAUGAAGAAAUUAAAAAGGCGUAUCACUCCAACGAUGAGCUUAGCCUGCGACAUCAGGGCCAAAUUGAAGGCGAAGACAUAAUCAAAGUGGGUAAAUCUGUACGAUUUGAUGAUGAUUGCUAAUGAUCGUAAAACUUGUAAAACUUACCUGCGUGUUCGUUAGCUACUUAACUAAGAGAAUCAAGAAACCAAGCACUUCAGCACAGAUAAUUAUCGACUUGAGUGUUCUUUCACUACUAUAACAAAAUUAGGAAUGUUUGACCAGAAUAAUAUCAAUGAAAUCACUAAAUUCAAAA